AUGGCAUCCCCGCUUAAACAGAUCACUCCAUCCGACGUGGCCAGUUUUGCAUACGAUCCUGUAGACCCCUUGGCGCUCGAAGACGCCAAGCUCAUUGUCAAUGACGUGCGUGUCAAAGGGAUCACAGGGCUCAUGGAACACGCUGUGAGAUUAGGUGACGUGCCUCAUGAAAAUGUUCCACUUCUUGUGAGCCAAUUGGAACUACAAAAAGCAUUUGAGACGUUACCUAAGGCCCAGCAACAAGUGUUACACCGAACGGCCGGGCGUAUCAAACUGUUCGCGGAGACUCAACGGGCUUCUAUUAAAAACAUUGAGCAGAAAAUCGAUGGCGGAGUAGCGGGUCAAGACGUUUCACCCAUGGCUACAGCUGGGUGUUAUGCACCGGGUGGGCGAUACCCUCUGCCAUCCUCUGUGUUAAUGACAGCUGUAACGGCUCGCGUAGCUGGUGUAAAGACAGUCGUUGUCUCGUCUCCUCGUCCAGCACCAGCGACACUUGCUGCAGCGUAUGUAGCUGGUGCUGAUUAUUUUCUCGCGGCAGGAGGAGCCCAAUCAAUUGCUGCAAUGGCAUACGGUAUUGGAGGUAUUCCCGUCUGUGACAUUAUUGUAGGUCCUGGUAACAAAUGGGUGACAGCAGCCAAAUCGCUUGUUUAUGGCAAAUGUGCCAUUGACAUGUUGGCUGGCCCGUCUGAGUGUCUCGUGAUUGCAGACGAGACAGCCGAUCCUUCAAUUAUUGCGUCCGACUUGUUGGCCCAAGCAGAACAUGAUACAGCAGCUGUACCAAUUCUUGUAACUACGAGUCAAAAGCUCAUUGAUACCGUAAAUGAAGAGCUUACAAAGCAAUUGGAGACAUUGCCAUCGGCUCCAACAGCUAGUAUCAGUGUGAAGAAUGGCUUUGCAGUGCUAUGUCCUGACAUGGCUACAUGUGUCAACAUGUCUGACGUGUUGGCUCCAGAGCAUUUAGAAAUCAUUACGAGCAAUGCACGUGAAGUUGCAGACAAAGUUACAAACUAUGGCGGACUUUUCAUUGGCGGACGUGCUGCUGAAGUCUUUGGUGACUAUGGUGCUGGUCCGAACCAUGUGCUUCCGACUGGCGGCACUGCGAAAUACACGGGUGGACUCUCGGUGCACACGUUUUUACGUAUACGCACGUGGAUGCGCAUUGACGACGCUGAGGAAUCGCAGGCACUUGUAAAGGACUCGGCACUGCUGGCUCGCAUGGAGGGCCUCGAAGGCCACGCACGCGCGGCUGAGAAACGUUUGCUGUAG